CCGGCUCUUAUCUGGACGGGAAAAGAAGUGGAACUUUUCCCUCGUUCUCACUCUUCCCUCUCAAAGUGAAGCUGCGAAGCAACAGCAGGUGCCUCGAGCGCGCACCAACUCCCGCAAUCCUCCUAGCUAGGCAGCUAGUUUGUUGCUAGACACGCAAGUGUAAAUGUCCCUCGUCGCUCUAGCUCUCCCUCAGCCUCCGCUCCGGAUGAAAGUAACAAUGGCAGAGAAAAGCGACCUCUCUCCGACGGGAGAAGUGCCCGUCGUCUACCAUGAAAGCGAACCCGUUCCUCCCACCACCACCACCUCCUCCGGCAAGAAAGAGAAGAAGGACAAGUCAAAGCACAAGAAGAACCCGCGGAAAAACGAAGCGACAAAGGCCCUCGUUCACACCUCUGCAACUGCGUCCAUUCCCAUCGCUCUCUCGGACCCCAACGCCAUCCUCAUCCGCAGCGCACCCUCAUCGCCCGAGUUCCUGAAGCCGCGUCGGCCGCGGGCCCACUUCAAACUUAGGAACCGCUCCAAGGGAGUGGCGGCUAGCUCGGACCCGGAGUCCUCCUGCGCCUCUGUGAGCCCGAGUCCCAGCCCCAGCCCGCUCUCCAGUCCCAACAGACGGCCGCUAUUCCUCUGGCCGCGAAAGAAAGGCAAGAAGAGCGGUUCCCGAGACGCCCUGAACGGUCCCAAGACGCCAGGUUCGCGGCCGGAGAGCCCGAACGUCAUCGACAGCAGGUACGGAAGCGGGUCGUCCAUAGAGCCCGAAGCUACCCCCGCCAUCACGCUCCCCGGAGGUCGCCCCUCCAAACUCGAGACGAGACACUCGGGCGGGGAGAUCCCUACGAUCUUUGUCUCUCACGAUGAGCACAACGGCUGUGUGGAACCCCUGGCAUGUGGCGGUGGCGAUUCUCUGCAGGACGAGACCAGGAAGAUGUCACAGACCUCUGUGGGGUCCAACGUCAACUCUGCCAACUCGGGCUACUGUACUCUCUCCGCCGCGGGGAGUGGGGACGAAGCAGGCUCUUUCUCGGACCUCGACUACCCCUCCCCUGUCUCUCCCUCCUCCAUGGCAUCUAGUCCGGGGGGCUCCGUCCCCAACCUCGCUCUGAUGUCUACGGAGGCAUCGUCUACAACCAGCAAAAGAACCUCUUCCUAUGGCGGGCGAGGUAGCGUCCUGAGCCCCGACAGUGAACCUGAUUACUCUCACCAAGAAGACAGCAGAGGUAGAGACGCCCAGUCUCCAGUGGCCACACCCACCACACCCCUGUCAGCUCCGUUCACCGGAAUGUCCAUUUCCCCGCUCCCCGGACCGCGGGGAGUGAGCCCCCCAAAUGAGGGUUCGUCUGCAAAAUCUCCGGGGAGGGUCCGGGACCAUUACAAGAAGAGAGGACCAUGGGAGAAGGUGCGGAAGUUUGUCCAGGCCCUCUCUCCAUUCACCCUCCAGUUCAACAAGAAGAAGUAUGCCUGGGUUCAGCUUGCCGGUCACCAAGACUCAUUUCGUCCUGGCGACAAAGCCGGCUCCAUCCAGAAGAAGUCGGACCAAAACGAGUGCUUGGCACUCAAAGCCCUCUCCAUGGACGCUCUUCUCCGGCCAUUUGUUCCAGAGUACAUUCAGACCGUCACCAAGGACGGCCAAUUGUUUGUGGAGAUGUCUGAUCUCCUGAGAGAGUUCACUGAACCAGCAGUCAUGGAUAUCAAGAUCGGAGUCAGAACAUACUUAGAGGACGAGUUGGAAAAAGCAAGAACAAAGAAAGUCCUGCGACAGGUUGGUACUCACACUCACACACCACACACAUAUACCUACAGUACAGUACAUUGUAAAUGUAUGGGAUUAUGAUGGGGAAUUUGUAGGUCUAUCAGUAUUUUUACUAAUUACACUGCAGCUUCUUUCUCUGAUGGCGGAAUGACCAUAUAUAUAUAUAUGUAGAUGGGUAUGCCAAUGGUGUUUGGGUAUUGCGUCAUUGGAUAGCAAUCCACCGUGUGUCCUUGAAUAAGCAUGUGUGUUUAUGGGGCUUGGAAUUCCUUUUCACGGAGGUAACCAUAUGAAAAUCUGCUGCGACGCCUGCC